AUGGCUGAAGAUGAUUUCACAAAUGAUGGGACAGUUGAUAUCAAAGCAAAUCCAGCUAAUAGAAAGAAAACUGGAAACUGGAAGGCGUGCCGCUUUAUUCUUGGGAAUGAAUGCUGUGAAAGGUUGGCGUACUAUGGGAUGAGUACCAAUCUAGUGAACUAUCUUCAGGACCGUCUCAACCAGGGAAAUGUUGCUGCAUCAAACAAUGGAAUGACACUCCUAACAUUGUCUGCUUCGGUCCCUGGUCUAAAGCCAUCUUGUGAUAAGGAUUCUUGCCACCCAACCACAGGACAAACUGCAGCAUUCUUUGUAGCAAUUUACUUGAUCGCUCUUGGAACUGGAGGAAUCAAGCCAUGUGUUUCAUCCUUUGGUGCAGAUCAAUUUGAUGAAACUGAUGAGACUGAGAAGAAAAAGAAGAGCUCUUUUUUUAAUUGGUUUUACCUUUCAAUCAAUAUCGGUGCUCUUAUUGCAUCUUCUGUUUUGGUCUGGAUACAAAUGAAUGUUGGUUGGGGGUGGGGGUUUGGAGUCCCAGCUGUUGCAAUGGCCAUAGCAGUUGUGUUUUUCUUCUCGGGAAGCAAGCUAUACCGAAUUCAAAAACCUGGUGGGAGUCCCAUUACAAGGAUUGUCCAGGUUAUAGUUGCAUCCUGCAGAAAGUAUCGUGUUCAAGUUCCUGCUGAUAAGUCUCUUCUUUAUGAGACUGCAGAAGAGGAAAGUCAAAUCCAAGGAAGCCGCAAGCUUGAACACACAGACAAAUUCAAGUUCUUUGACAAGGCUGCUGUGGAUACCCCAACUGAUGAUAUCAAGGGCUUAAAAAACCCAUGGAGACUCUGCACAGUAACUCAAGUUGAAGAGCUUAAGUCCAUUAUCCGGUUGCUCCCAGUAUGGGCAUCUGGAAUAAUCUUUGCAGCUGUAUACAGUCAAAUGAGCACCAUGUUCGUUUUGCAAGGAAAUACUAUGGACCAACACAUGGGUCCACAUUUCAAGAUUCCAUCAGCAUCGCUCUCCCUCUUUGAUACCCUGAGUGUCAUCUUCUGGGCUCCUGUAUAUGACUGUAUCAUUGUCCCAUACGCAAGGAAGUUCACGGGUCAUGAACGAGGCUUUACUCAGCUCCAACGUAUGGGCAUUGGCCUUGUCAUAUCAAUUCUGUCCAUGAUUGUUGCUGGGGUAUUGGAGGUUGUUCGGCUCAACAUUGUCCGACAGAACAAUUACUAUGAUCUUGAGUACAUCCCAAUGACCAUUUUCUGGCAAGUACCGCAGUACUUUCUCAUUGGAUGUGCAGAAGUUUUUACCUUCAUUGGACAGUUGGAGUUUUUCUAUGACCAGGCACCUGAUGCUAUGAGGAGUUUGGGCUCAGCACUCUCUCUUACUACUGUCGCAUUAGGAAAUUACUUGAGCACUCUACUUGUUACCAUUGUUACUAAAGUUACAACAAGAGGCGGGAAGCUCGGUUGGAUCCCUGAUAAUUUGAACAGGGGCCAUCUUGAUUACUUCUACUGGCUAUUGGCAAUUCUCAGCUUCCUGAACUUCGUUGUGUAUCUCUUGAUUUCAAGGUGGUAUACCUACAAGAAAGCUACAGGGCGUUCUCAUUGA